AUGGACGUGUACAUCUUCGCUCUGUUCAACGAGAACGGUAAGGGUUCCGGGCCGGACGACGUCGAGGCCAACUUCGGCCUCUUCUACCCCAACAUGCAGAAGGUGUACGAGUUCGACUUCCGCGGCGGCGGCAGCCCGCCGCCGGCGCCGGCGGCGGAGAGCUGGUGCGUGGCGAACGCGUCGGUCGGGGACUCGUGGCUGCAGGCAGCGCUCGAGUACGCGUGCGGACAUGGCGCCGACUGCGGCGCCAUCCAGCCCGGCGCGGUGUGCUUCGAGCCAGACACCAGGCUCGCGCACGCCUCGUACGCGUUCAACAGCUACUACCAGCGGAACGGCCGCGCCAAUGGGACGUGCGACUUCAACGGCGCCGCUUACAUCGUCUACCAAGAACCAGCUGGCACCUGCGACCCGAACGCGAGCUGGUGCGUGGCGAACGCGGCGGUCGGGGACGCGCGGCUCCUGGAUGGGUUGAGCUAUGCCUGUGCCAACGGCGCGGACUGCAGCGCCAUCCAGCCGGGAGCGCCGUGCUUCGAGCCCAACACCAUGGUCGCCCAUGCCUCAUACGCGUUCAACAGCUACUACCAGCACAAUCAUCGGGCAAGCGGGACGUGCGACUUCGCCGGAGCCGCCUCCGUCGUCUACCAAGCACCAAAGUACGGAAACUGCGUGCUCCCAUCAAAGACUUCGAUUGAAGAAACAAUAGCAAAGUCGGAAGAAGGCGAAGCUGCCAUCUGA